GUACUUCAUAAGAUGGCGCCUAAUGUUAUGUUUGCUAUGACUUUUAUGUAGCAUGUUAGAUGGCAGACCAAUGUUGCUUGGGUGUGUGAAUUUGAUGGGGAUCCUACUCAGGCCAUGCACAGAUAGGGGUAGCUACAUUACGUCAUCGUCUAUGGAUGUGGAUUAGUAUUUUGCUGGACCUUAUUUAGAUUGCCACCCCAAUAAAGUCAUUGGGUCUAACCUGGCCACCCCAUUGUAUAAUUCUGGCCACGCCUCUACACGUGGUCGCUGUUUCAAUUCAAACACAACAACUGAGGUAUUUGGUCAGUUUGAUACAGAAUACCAAACAAAUGCAAUGGCCAGCAUUAAUGUAUCAGCAUUCUCAUGCACUCCCCUACCCUACAGAUGAUAUUGACGCAGCAGACCGUCACGUCAUCAGUGAUGACCUGAUAUAUUAACUUUUUUUUUUUUUUUUUUUUUUGCAUGCGCGUGAGCAAGAAGACAGGGCGAUUCGUUAAACGGUCAAAAAAAAUGUCUUUACAAGACACACACGGUGACUUGUCUGCGGAAAGUGGCGUGAGACGAGCCAAAAUCGGACACUUAAGCUAAUGAAUAUCGAGAACAGUUUGUCCAGAGCACAGCUCAGCCCUCAUUUCCGGGAAGUGCAGGCACAGUGCCCAUGUCCAGUGUGUGGCACACCAACCGGCUGUCCAUAACAAAAACACUCCUCAUCUCAUAGGCCGAGAGCGAGCUCAGGUUUAAGAAAUCGUCUGUCUCUCUCACACACACCCACACACACACACACACACACACAGAUAGACACACACAAAAAAGGACGCGCGCGCGCCUGAGAGGACGCGGAAAGCGCCGGGAGAGGCGCGAGCGGUCACAACUCUUCGUGCAUGGGGCAAAAAAGAUGGCACGCGCUUGGAUCCUAUUCGCUGUGACGCUUUUAUUUACCUUACCCACAGGCUCAUUCAAGCCAGUCAUCACUCCUGACGUUCCUCACCUGGUCAUUCUAAAGGGUGGUCAACUAGAGCUUCGUUGUGAAGACAACACAAGGUUUGAUGCCGACAGAUUGCGGUGGCACCGGGACAAAGGCAGGAGGAUUGAGGGAGAACAAGCGGAAGAUGGAGCCACUGUUAUCAACCUCGUCUCCGUACAGCUGCAACACAUGGGCCGCUAUACCUGUGAGAGCACUCAAACAGGAGAAAAGAGCUCCAUCUACAUUUAUGUGAAAGAUCCAGAGAGCGCGUUUGUGCGCUCCAUGGUGAACGGCCUGCUAGUGAAAGAGGCCGAGGACUGCACUCUGCCAUGCUUAGUGACAGAUCCAGCUGUAACCCAUUUGUCUCUACUGACCUGUAGUGGCACCGCUCUGUCAGCUGGCCUUUCCUUCACGGCUGAACCACAGAAAGGCAUCACCAUCCAUAAUGUCACCAAGGCAUUCGAGGGAUGCUAUGUUUGCACCGGUAUCAUGGAUGGAACGACGGUGAAGUCAAGCCAGUACGACGUGACUGUGCGACGAGUUCCAGACUCUGUUCCAGUAAUAAGUCUGUCCAGAUCAGAAAAUGUGAUAUUGAUGAAGGACGAAGCGCUCGAACUCAUCUGCAGUACCAGUAACAUCAACCACUACUUCCAUGUAAUGUGGAGCUUCCCUUCAGGAGCGAAUGCGCUGGAGUCAUAUGCCUCUCACAUCCUGCCUGGUUCCUGGGGUUACAAGCGCUCAUCUACACUCUGGAUUAGCUCUGCAGCGACAAGCGACUCUGGAAUUUAUGUCUGCCAAGCCCAGAAUGAGAAGGGUGUCUCCACUGCUACCGUUCACCUUGACGUUUACGAACGUGGCUUCAUUAAUGUAACUGAAGGAGAGAACAGGGCCAUGGACGUGCGAGAGGGAGAAAGUCUGACGCUGCGGGUGGUGAUGACCUCAUACCCCAAGCCAAGCGCAGCAUACUGGACUUAUAACAACCAGCAGCUCAAAAACACGUCUGAGCACGUCAUCACGCUACAUAACCAGCAAUAUAGGUACAUCAGUGAGCUGAAGUUGGUCCGUGUUCAUGGCUCUGAAGGCGGCAUCUACACUUUCUCAGCCAGUCAUAAUUACGCGUCUGUCAAUACGUCGUUCUUCGUCCAUGUCAAUUGCAAGCCGAUGAUUGUUUCUCAGGAGGGGCCGAUCGAUGGGCAGGUGAAGUGUGUUGCAUCGGGAUACCCUGCUCCCAAAAUAUCCUGGUACUACUGUGAGCCACGACACACAAGAUGCUCUCAGCUGAUGAACGCCACGCAGGAAGAUGAGGACACAGCCAUAGUGACGCGGUCAGUGUCAAAGUUUGGCCGCACUGAGGUGGAGAGCCGCCUCAACAUCACCAAGGGAAGAUACCACACCCUGGAGUGUGUGGCAACCACACAGGGAGAACAGGCGUAUACACUCUUCUCCAUCAGCGAGCGAACAGUACCUCAUAAACUCUUCACCCCUCUACUGACUGGAGUUGUAACAGCUUCUGUAGUGCUCAUGUUGUUUCUAAUCAUACUCCUCUACAAGUACAUGCAGAAACCCAAGUAUGAGAUCCACUGGAAGGUGAUUGACAGUAUCCAUGGCAACAACUAUACCUAUAUCGACCCCACCCAGCUGCCUUAUGAUCCCAAGUGGGAAUUUCCAAGAGAGAGGCUGCGUUUUGGUAAAAUCCUUGGCGCUGGAGCAUUUGGUAAAGUGGUGGCAGCUACAGCGUAUGGUCUUAGCUCACCUGACACAGUCACCACUGUGGCUGUGAAGAUGCUCAAGCCGAGCGCUCACUCCACUGAAAAGGAAGCUCUGAUGUCAGAGCUGAAGGUUCUCAGUUACCUUGGCAACCACAUGAAUAUUGUCAACCUGCUUGGCGCCUGUACUGUAGGAGGCCCGACUCUGGUGAUCACAGAGUACUGCUGCUAUGGUGACCUGCUGAACUUUCUGAGGAGAAAGAGAGAUGCGUUUUUCAGCUCUAAAACAGGAGAUGGAUAUUACAAAAACCUUCUAAGUCAGACACAGCCUUCAAGGGAAGGCACAGAAAAUGGCUACAUGCCUAUGAGGUCCUAUCAGCAGAAAUGUAAACAAACAGAAUGGUGUGAUGAUAAAGAUGACUUGUCUAUUGAUACUGAGGAUCUGCUCAGCUUCUCCUACCAAGUCGCCAAAGGCAUGGACUUCCUCACAUCCAAAAAUUGUAUCCAUAGAGAUCUGGCAGCAAGAAACAUUUUACUGACUAAGGGUCGGGUUGCCAAGAUCUGUGACUUCGGCCUGGCUCGGGACAUCACCAAGGACUCCAACUAUGUUUUGAGGGGAAAUGCACGUCUACCGGUCAAAUGGAUGUCUCCCGAGAGCCUGUUUUCAUGCGUGUAUACGUUUGAAAGUGAUGUUUGGUCCUACGGCAUCUUACUGUGGGAGAUUUUCUCUCUAGGUAACAGCCCAUAUCCUGGAGUUCCAGUCGGUUCCAUGUUCUACAAGAUGAUACAGGAUGGGUACAGGAUGAGCGAGCCGGAAUUUGCUCCAAGUGAAAUCUACGAGGUGAUGAGAUGGUGCUGGAGCUCGGAUCCUCUGAAGAGACCAACCUUCAGGAAAUUGGUAGAGAGGACUGAAAUGUUGCUCUCCGAAGCCACCAAACAUGUGUACUUGAAUCUCAGCGAUAACAGAGACGGCAGUAUCAGCGAGUCGUUCGAUUGUCCAAGCCUGCAGAGUGCACCAUCUCAGAGGCUAAGCUCUGUGGGCAGCACCACAGCAUCGACCCAGCCUCUGCUUCUGGCCACCAAUGAUGUUUUUCUGGAACAUGAGACUUACUAAGGACCACACACUCACCCACCACUUUGAUUCCACUCAUACUUUCUUUAGCUUUUUUGGGUUCUCUACAACACUACACUGCAUUUUUGUCAGUACAUGCAAAUUUUUCAUUUUUCAUUAGAAUUAGUGGCAGUCCAUAUGCAGUCUAUCAGUAUUGUUUUAUCUGUCUCUUUCUUUAAAGAGUAAUUACACCCCAAAAUUAUUUAUUUAUCCAUCCAUCCAUCUUCUACCGCUUACUCCUUCUUCAGGGUUGUGGGGGAACCUGGAGCCUAUCCCAGGGAGCAUCGGGCACAAGGCGGGGUACACCCUGGACAGGGUGCCAGUCCUUAUUUAUUUAUUUAUUUAUUUAUUUAUUUAUUUAUUUAUUAAUUAAACACUGAAAUUAAUCCAGCAUCUAAACUGAAAAUGGAGAGACACUACUACUUUACCCUUAACUAAACUGUUCAUAAAAUCUAUCAGGAAAUAAUGCCUAUCCAUUUUCAUUUUAUGAAUAACGUUACCAUGAACGCUUGGGCUAAAUUGGUGGACUUCCCUGCAACUGAUAUUUUCUCUUGGUGACAAGUUUGUACAGCAACCACGACCACACCUGUGGGGUGAAUUUGUGGCAUUAUUAACACUAAUAAAUAGAAUAUUCUGAUAGUCAAGAUCAUGUUAACAGUGCUAUAGUUGCUAAAAAGCAACAAGAUGUAAUUAUCUAUGCUAGUACUCUCUCGACAUUUAAUCUUUGGGUAUUUAUCACUGUAACUUUUAUAGACAAUGUAAUUACAUGCUACAAACAGAUGCGAGCCAACGUAGAAUUAUUGUUAUCACUACUAAGUUGAUUAUUUUUAUAUAACAGCAUGUACAGAAGUAUACUUAUACCACGGCUAUUUACCGACAAUUACAAUUGAUUUGUUUAUUAAUUUAUUAAUUAACAGCAUGCCAUACUUUAAACCAUUUAUAGAUAUUGCUUACAUUAUAACAGCUUUAAGCUGUCGCUUCCUCAUCAGCCUCUCUUUUUCUCUCUCUCUUUCUCGAAGUACAAAACAAAACCAAUGCAGCUUGUCAUGUUACCGAGAAACUGGAAAGUGUUGCUGAUGUGAAACCUGACCUGCGGAAAACCGACUGUUACAAACAGUGCACUGACACUGGAGACUCCUUCCAUAAAUGUUGAAUAAACAUCUCCUUACCGAUUUGACCAAUCAGAUUUGAGAAUUCAACAGCGCUGUGGAGCGACACUAUAGAAAUUGAAUACUUUCUCAAGUAAAUUUCCAAGAGAAAAAAAAACAUUUAUUUUGCUUCUUAAAACGUUCAUUUUGACUCUCAUACCCAUUACAAAUCUCAAACACCAUUAUUUUUUGCCAGAGUUACCGAUUCAUACAGUAUGAGGUGUCUCUUUUGCCUCCAAAGUAAAAAUCAAACAUCUUCAAAUUCACCAUCUAAGCUAAAGAAGUAUGAUGAGUUAACGUUAAGUUUAGUAAAUUAGCUCCUUUCGGAAUUUAGCUAGUUAAAUUUUGUACAUUAGUUUGAUAUAUUAGCUAGCUAGUUACGUUUUUAGCUAAGUAAAUUAGCAUGUUUUGUUUUGUUUUCCUUGCUAAUGUGCCUUAGUUUUCAUUCAUUAGUUAACCAGCAAUCCAAAUUGUAAGUUUUGCUAGGUUGCUGAUUGCUCAGCUAGCUAGCUCUUUUUUCUAGCUAUUUACUCUUGAGUAAGCAUACUUGAAUAUGUUUAAAUGUACAGUGGAUAUAAAAAAAGUCUACACGCCCCUGUUAAAGUGGCAAGUUUCUAUUAAAGUGGCAACGGAUCUAGAAUGUUUUUGCAAGAAAGAGUGAGAAAAUAUCACCAAGUCGAUACUCUUACUCAAAAGGACUGAGUGGUGUAAUAAAAUCAAAAGGUGCUUCAACAAGGUAUUAGUUUAAGGGUGUGCACACUUAUGCAACUAGGUUAUUGUAAGUUUUUUCUCUUUUUUUCCCGCUGAAAAGUUUCUGCUUAUUUCUCACUUUAUUUGUAUACUUUGCAAUUGCACAUUAAACGUGGGGUUAAGAUCUGACAUGAUUUAAUCUUAGUGUCAUUCAUUUACUUCACAAAAACCUGCCAUUUUAACAGGGGUGUGUAGACUUUUUCAUAUCCAUUGUAGAUACUUUUUGACUUUCACUCAAGUAGAUUUUUGGCUCCGUACUUAAGUACAGUUUCUCGGUACUUUUCCACCCCUGCACAAGUGUGAUUCUGGUGGAGAAUCUGGCGAAGUCUUCCAGACAAGCACUCUGUUUUGAAACUUUUCUGUCGCUGUCUCUGCUGUCACAAUUCAUUAUUAACAUAAAGCUUUAUUUGCAUGAUUGUUAUUGUUAAUGAGCCCUCCCUCCCUCCCUCUUGCCUACUUGUACGCCGAUUUUUUUUCAAAUCAGCAGAGAAGACGGGGUCAAACAACAAUCAAGGGUGUAAUUACUCUUUAAGAAGUACUUAUUUAAUGAACUUAUAAAUGUAGCCACGCUCAGCCAUCUUGACUAUCCAGUGUAACUGUUGAUAUAUUUAUCCACAUGCAGCUGGAAUCCAUUUCACCAUAUUGAUCUAAUGCAGUAUUCCAAGUGCAUGAAAAGCUGAGUUGACAAUAUCUUAAGAGUCAGCCCAUUAACCAAUAUUCAGUGUACUCCAGUCACUAGAGCAUUAGAUGAAGAUCAUUACAACAUAGCCAUACCGAGGAUUAUAGAGAUUAACGACCAGUUGUCAUGAUGACAUCAUCUUGUAAGUAGCCAGUUUGUCAAAGCUUAGCCAUGUGUUUAAAUCUUCUGUGGAUUAAUGUGCUUUUAUUGAAGGUAAAUGUGCAGAAAUGUCUCAGAGGUGUCUUCAGUGCUUGGCUCCUAGAUUUCACAUGUUAUUAGCAACUAUUUGGUGAAAGUACUAUUAUCUUGCAUCUGUGAUUCAUAUUCCUAAAGUGUGUUUCAUGUUUGUAAAGAAAAAAACAACCAACCCCCCCACCCACCCAGUGCCUGUGGAAUUAUAAAAUGAAGUAUUUAAUAUCAAAUUGAUUAGCAGUACUUAGAUGCUUCAUUUAUCUAAGAUGAUUAGGACGUUCGCAUCGCAUGCUAGUAUUUAUGGUUUUAUGAUUUUCAUAAAUGCUGUACGAAAUGCUGUAAAUGAAAAACCUUGAAACUGAGCCUCUGAAGAAAAAGCUAAGGCGAACAAGAAAACGUUGAAUUGUUAAACGUUUAUCAUUUGUAUGUAGUUGAAGAUAUUUUUUCCUGCUGAUAGCUGGUACUGUUUGGAACGAGAGCCUCAAAAGAUUCUGUACAUAUGUUUUUGAACGCUUUGAGGGAGAACUUUUCAUGUUUUGAUAGUGAGACUGAAAAUAAAAUGAGAAUGAGUGCA